UUGUGUGGCUUACAGCGGCAAAUUUGCAAUCAAUAGUAUAGUUUGGGAAGCUGAAACUAUCUUGAUUCUUCAAUUUGUCGUUGCUAAGAAAAUAAACACUUCGAAUAUCAAACUUUUCUAAAAUAAAAUUACCUGAAGGAGGAUCACUUGCAUCAUUUGUUCAUAAAAUUAAUGAAUAUGACGGAGGAAAAUAUCCGAUAUAGAAUCGACCGAUUAGCCCAAACGGAAAAUGACCUUCAAAAGAGAAUAGGAGUGGAGAAUAAAGAAACCAACUCUGUUUUGACCAAAAUCAAACGUUCAGCGCAGAAAAGUUGCUCCUGCUCCAAAGGAUGUGUACUUGGAUUCUUCAAAGGCCUUUUUCCUAUCUUCACAUGGCUACUCCACUACCAGGAAAAAUGGUUACCGGGAGAUUUGGUAUCAGGAUUGACAGUCGGAGUGGUCCACAUACCACAAAGUCUUGCAUUCGCUAUAUUGGCUGGACUCGCACCGGUGUUCGGUCUGUACACUUCUUUCUACCCUGUGGUUAUUUAUACACUUAUGGGAACUUCUCGCCACAUUUCGGUGGGAACAUUUGCUGUCACAAGCUUGCUAACUCGAUCUGUUGUUUUCCGUUAUUUUCCACCAGAAAUUGUUUCUCAAUCAAAUGGAACAUCGCUCGAAAUGAAUUCGACAAUGGUCCCUAAUUUUAACAAUACAAAUGCUGAAAGGUUUAGCGAACUUGAUUUACAACGUGCAGGUGUUGCGGCUUCUGUAACUUUAGUGAUGGGCGUUUUUCAGAUUAUUUUUGGAAUAUUCCGUCUGGGAUUCAUAACAUCGUACUUGUCUGAACCUCUAAUUCAAGGAUUUACGACCGGUGCCGCAUGUCAAGUUGUAACGUCACAAACACCUACCAUUUUGGGGAUACAAAUAGGACGUUUCAACGGACCAUUUUCGCUUAUUCAGUCUUGGGUGGAAAUUUUCAAAUCACUUCCCAGAGUUCACGUCCCAACAUUGAUAAUUACAAUUUUGUGCUUCAUUUUCUUGAUAAUCGGAAGAGAAAUAAAUUUAAGAUUCAGAGAAAGAAUGAAAGUUCCAUUACCCACUGAAGUACUACUCGUAAUCAUUACUAUACUUGCAUCUCACUUUGGACAAUUUCGGGAGAAUUUUGAUGUGGUUAUUGUUGAUAACAUUCCGACCGGUCUACCAGCUCCGGUUUUACCGAACAUGAGUAUUUUGGGCGACAUUAUUGCCGAUGGGUUUGCACUGGCCAUUGUUGGGUUUGCAAUAAGCGUUUCUCUUGCAAAAAUGUAUGGAAAUAAACAUGGUUAUUCCGUCGAUCCUAACCAGGAGCUGGUCGCGUACGGAGUAUCAAAUAUCAUUCCAUCAUUCUUUCUAUGUUUUCCUAACGCUGCUGCCUUGGCUCGAUGUGAAAUUCAAGAUAACACGGGAGGAAAAACUCAAGUUGUUGGGAUAAUAUCUGUUAUAAUUGUAUUAAUUUCUAUUCUGGUACUCGGACCCGUGUUCGAACCUCUUCCAAGGGCGGUACUUGGAUCAAUUAUAAUUGUUGGUUUGUUUGGAAUAUUGUUGCAGUUUAGAAACCUGAAACACCUAUAUAAAACGUCAAAAGUUGAUUUUAGUGUUUGGUUAGUCACGUGGCUUGCAGUUGUUCUUCUUGGAGUUGAUGUUGGGCUCUUGUUUGGCGUUGUUUUUGCUAUCAUAACUGUUAUAGUUCGAACUCAGAUACCUCGGUUUGAAAUACUUAUCAACGUACCAGGCACUGAUAUUUAUAGAGCCGAAAAAACAAUUCAGCAGCGGAAUAAUAACGAAGGAAUUUUGGUUGUAAAACUUUAUUCAUCACUAUACUAUGCUAAUAAAGAUAUGUUCAGAAGUAAAUUGAUUGAAGCAUUAGGAUUUGAUCCAGGCGACGUUCUUUGUCAACGGAAAGAAGCAAAAGAACGAAGAAAAAUAGAGCUGGCAAAAUUAAACGAGAACUCGAAGGGAUUUUUCGGAAUUGGGAAGAAUAAGGACAGACGGCAAGAUCAAGUAACUAGUGGAGACGCACAAGGAAUACCAUCCACUAGUGUUGAAAUAUCUGAAGUUGAAACAGAAGAUGCUUGGAAAUCAAAUAUUCAUUCAGUUAUUGUUGAUUGUGGGUGCUUUGGAUUUACCGAUUUUGUUGGAGGCAAACUUCUCAAGCAGUUAUGUUCCCAGUUCAACGACAUCGGAAUAUCAUUUUAUUUGGCAGCAUGUAGCGUUGAUAUUCGUGAACAACUUCAAAGAAGUGGCUUCGUAGAUGUUGCGGGAAUGAAUUCUGUCUUUCCUACUGUACAUGAUGCAGCGUUGUUUGCAUUAAAAAACCAACGUUAGAGAGUUGGAAACAACAUAACACACUAUAUGUGUAUUCAAUUGAGCCAACCAAUGGAUGGCGCAAGCCAAAUGACAUAAAUAGCUCAUAAUAACGUUCGCAAUUUCGCUAUCAAAUUUUGCUGUCUUAGUAUUAUGCAAAUUUGUUCUGAAAGAACUCUAAGCUACUUGUACUAUAAAUUUAGAUUGCUUCAAACAUUAUUUUUCUGCAACGUAUUUAUCAAAGGCAAAAAUAUGCUUUUACUAUUAAUUAUUUUACUCACAAAUGUAAUAAAACGUAUAUAUGAAACUGCGACGGAAUCGCAAAGACGAAGUAGUUAGAGUUUCAAAAUGCCGCAGCCAAAAUGCAGACAAGUUGAAAUGCGAUAGAUUAUUCAAGAAAACAAAAUAGGUUAAGGGUAGAACUGGGGAUGUUCCCAGGGGCGUGCCAAACUUUUCUGCUGCCUGCUGGGGCGAGUUUCUGAUAAUGAUGCCCAUUAUACCCAAAUUUAAAAAUAACCCAUGUGUUAAACAGAUUAUGGAUGUCGUUAUACAUUAAAGGUCAAGUAAGAUAGAAACGUCUGUUUCAUUAAAUAAAUCAUUAAAUUAAGCAACAAACUCACAUGAAUAAGAUCACUCAGCAAAUCACUUAUUUCUAUGCUCAAACGCUAACUUAGCUGUCAACGACUGUCUGGGCGACAGCUAUAGUGAGGAAUUUCUAUUCGUU